AUGUCAGGUUUCGGUGAGGACAUUAAUUGGGUUUCAUGGGAAGACGCUAUUGAAACUGCCUUAGAAAAAGAUAAACCUAUUUUCUUGUUAAUACAUAAAUCAUGGUGUCAUGCAUGUAAAGCUUUGAAAAAAAGUUUUCAACAGUCAAAUGCGAGGAAAGCAUUUAAAAAAUUAUCUGAAUAUUUUGUUAUGGUUAAUGCUGAAGAUGAUGAAGAACCAUUCGAAGAAGAGUAUCGACCUGACGGCAAAUAUAUUCCACGAAUUUUAUUCCUUGACAAAAAUGGCGAUUUACUUCCUGAAUUUAAGAACAAAAAGGCUGAAUAUAAAAAUUAUGGAUAUUAUUAUUCAUCGCCAGCUGAUAUUUUGAAUUCGAUGAAGGAUGUGCUUAAAUUUUAUAAUAUUGAAGUACCUGAAAUGAAGAAAGGAGAAAAAUUAAAAGUAAGAAAGAGCGAAGAAAAAGAAAAUAUGAAAGUCGAAGAUGAAGUGAAAAGCGAUUCGAAGGAAAAAUCAGAAUUAUAA